AUGGAUGCUAGUAUUGCUCGGGCUUUGGAUUGCUUUACUUGGCUCACCAGUUCCGUCAGAUCCCUGGUCAAGCAAGACCGGGUGGCCUACCUUCAGGGUCUUGCCAGCCGCGUUACCUUGGCCGACGUUCAGCGGCCCAAGGACCUCUACGCAGCUGUACGCCGGGCUUUUCCGGGCGCCAGAGCAGCACGCCGGGCCAACUUCCAGGCACUUCCAGCUGUCCUUCUUGCUGACGGCACUACAGCGCUUGAUCCGGCCACCAGGGUUCUCCGGUGGGCAGAAUACUUUGGCGAGCAAGAGGCUGGGGAAGCCAUUGAAUUGGCGGACUAUCCACAGCACUUUUCUUCAGCCCAGCCUGACCCUAGCCUUGGGGGACCGCAUUUCGAGAUCGCCGCCCUGCCGACCCUGCAGUCUGUUGAACAGCAGAUUCUGGCGCUCCCAGCGCGAAAAGCCGUUGGCCCGGACGGCAUCGCCGCUGAGCUCCUUCAUGUGUCGGUGGUACACUCAGCGGCUGCCCUCUACCCGGUAUACUUGAAGACCGCUCUUGGACUUCGUGAGCCGGCCGCGUGGCGCGGUGGCAAUUUGAUUUGCCUCGCAAAGAGAGCGAGUUCCCUCAUGUCGUGCUCAGCCUUCCGUUCAAUCCUUCUUGAGAGUGUCCCGGGAAAGCUGUGGCACCGCAUCCUGCGUUCUCAGCUCACAGCUUCGUUUGCAGGGGUGUGCCUGGACCUCCAAGCAGGACAGUUACCUGGGAUAGGCACAGACAGCGUUGCGCUGGCGGUUCGGAGCUACCAACAACUUACCAAGCGCCGUGGACGCAGGUGCGGCCUGGUGUUUUAUGACGUCAGAGCGGCGUUCUACAUGCUUUUGAGGCAGACCUUGGUUCCCACAACAGAACAGGAUGCCACUCUCCUGGGUUUGCUCGACCGCCUUGCUCCAUCUGCUCACACCACUGCCCUCAUCAGCGAUUUGCUCCGGGGGACAUGGUUCAGAAUGGACGGGGCGGCUGCUCUGAUACUUACACACCGGGGCGGCCGCCCCGGUGACCCUCUUGCCGAUAUCCUUUUUGCCUUCAGUUUCUCCGCUUACCUGCGGGCAGCUGAGCAAGCCUUGGCAUCGAAAGGACUGAGCCCUCCUGUCCCUUGUGCCAGGGACACGCCCUUUUGGCAGGAAUGGGAACCGCCACAGCACAUCCAGUUUGGUGCUUGGGCUGAUGACUUUGUCAAUCUUCGAGAUGCCCUCACCGGUCCCGGCCUGUGUGCUGACAUUCAGGCCUCGACAGGGCUCAUCACUGCCCAUGCUUCUGCCGUUGGGAUGACCCUCACUUUUGCAGUUGAUAAAACCGCGGCCCUGAUCUCUUCUGACUGUGGGAGAGGGGCGGACCUUGGGCUUCGCAGUGAUGACACGGGUCAACUCGGCCUGGACAUACACGAUCCAGUUAUGCAGGCCUGGCAUUUCCUUCCCGUGGUAGAUUCCUACAAGCACCUCGGGGGCAUUGUCACAGCCAACGGGACCGCCGGCACAGAUCUGUCAUUUCGCUUUUCCAAGGCUCAAGGAGCCCUCCGCCCUUUGUACCGCCGCCUCUUUUCUGCCCCGGAUAUCCCCCAGAAGGUCCGGAAGCUCCUGCUACAGGCGCUGGUUAUCUCCCGUUUUGUUUUCACUGCCGCCUCACAGAUCUUUGGAGCUGAGAUCUACAAACGGCAGUGGUGCCGUAUGUACGUGGUGCUCUGGCGAGGGCUCCUACGUUGGAGCUCAGCAGAAGCCACCCCGCACAGCUACGAGGUGCUCAGGUUUGCUGCCGCCACCAACCCAUUGCUGGCUCUAGCACAUAUGCGGGCGGUCUUCCUCCGAAGACUCACCCGGCAUGGACCAGCUACACUCAUCCACCUUCUCAAAGCACACUGGGCCGUGGACCCAGUCAGGUCCUGGCUCGGGCAUCUGCACGACGACCUUCGUGCCGUUGCUGUGUAUGUUGCUCCUGUCCAGGCUCUGUUGAGCGCUCCUUGUCCAGUUGCUGCCAUCCUGGAGUCUGUUGUGACGGAUGAGCAUUGGUGGCCACGGCAGAUCAAGUUAGCAUCGAGUCGUUUUGCGGACAGGCUGGAAGUGUGGGCCGGCCAGCGAGGCCGCACCAUGCCUUCCGGCAUUGCCCCGGCUCCGGAGCCGACAGAAGAAGACAGACCAUUCGCCUGCCAAUGGUGUACAGCACGUUUCCGCCUCAGGAAACACUUAGCGGCGCAUGCGGCCAAAAGCCAUGGUAUUCUCUGUCCUGCCAGACACUUUACUCCGACCAGCACUUGCCAGGCGUGUCUGCGGAUGUAUCACAGUGUUGAGCGGGCUUGUUACCAUACCAAGCGCUCUCGUGAGUGCCUUCUCCGCCUCGCACACCUCAUGCCUCCCAUGACCUUAGCUCAGAUCCGGCUUGCAGAUGCUGAAGAGGUGCAGCGGCGAAAAAAGCUCAAGAAAGGUCAAUGGCAGGCUUUUGAAGCCACCACUCCGGCACAGCCUACUUUUGGGCCGCGCCGGCCGACCAGAGCUGAGAUGCUCCUUGGACUUGAUGAGGAGGACGUCACGCUAGAUCUUCUUGCGAGGACUUUCCGCCCCAAGCCUUCGGUACUCGCCUGGCUUAAUGAGUACUUCGACGAGGCCUCUCGGGAGGGCCCUCGAACCUCGACGGCGGGGUAUUGGCUUCAACCGCCUUCUGGGGCGCCGUCCGUUUCUGUCUCAAUCGUCGUUUCACCCUUUUGUGAGUAG